AUGGGAUCAGAACAGAGAAACAUCAUAACCCAGGUCACCUUGGAGAUGGGAUCAGAACAGAGAAACAUCAUAACCCAGGUCACCUUGGAGAUGAGAUCAGAACAGAGAAACAUCAUAACCCUAACCCAGGUCACCUUGGAGAUGAGAUCAGAACAGAGAAACAUCAUAACCCAGGUCACCUUGGAGAUGGGAUCAUUACAGAGAAACAUCAUAACCAUAACCCAGGUCACCUUGGAGAUGAGAUCAGAACAGAGAAACAUCAUAACCCACAAUAUUUCCUUUGUAGCAUCUAGGCUUGGUGUGUUUGCCAAGCUGUACGACAACAUCAAGGGUGAUAGGAACAAGUGUAUGAACCUGAUCCAGAUGGCCUCCCAGAGAACGGCUGAGAUGAGAGAGAAGUUCAAGAUCCUGGACAACGAGAUUGAGAUCCUCAGAACCAACGCCAUCAACAAAGAGAAGCUGCUCCAGAAGUCCCGUCUGAAGCACUUCCACAGCCACACCAUCAGAGACAGCCUGAGGAACGAUAUCUCCAAGGUGACCCUGGUGCUUCAUGAGAUGAGACAGAAGAGGGAGGAGCAGAAGCUGAACUUGGGCCGGCUGACCCACAUGAUCAACUACCAUGAACAGAACCUGCUACAGAUGAGGAAGAGCCACGACAACGCAGUGCAGAGUCGCAAUGACAGAGGGGUACAGUUGCUGGAGCGUGAGGAGGAGAUGUGUAUUUUCUACGAGAAGGUGAAUGUUCAGGAGGGCCUGAUCAGAGACGGUAACAUAGAGAUGCAGGCGCUGGAGGAGGAGACGCGCUGCCUGCAGAUGAUCACCAAGGAAGAAGGAAGACAGACAGCCCUCAGCAGGAAACUGGUGCCCUGCCAGAGGAGACUGAAGGGAGAGAGCACCAUGCUGCAGAUACAGCUGGCAGAGUGUAAGGAGCGUAUGCUGGAGCUAGAGAAGGCCUUGGAGGAUCCAGGACAGGAGAACAGGGCCAGAGAGCUGGAGGGGAACGACCCAUCUCCUGUUGAACUCAUCCAGAAGAUAGAACAGCUGGAGGUUGGCUUGGCGGAGCGGGAAGAGCUGCUCCUGGAGAAGGACUUGGUGUUUGAGCAGGUGACCCGGCUCUCUCAGCGAAUCAGAGCUAAGGCCGAGAACGGCAAGCAGGACACACUGCAGCUAGCCAAGAAGGUGAAUGAGUUGCAGGGCCGUAUCAAGGAGUCAACCAGGAGGAUGAUGGCCGUGGUGUCUGAGUUGUCGAUGCGCCAAGCCAGCGCCAUGACCCUGCAGCAGGAGUUGAAGGAGAGGGAGCUGUUCCUGGACACCUGCCACCGGCGCCUGGACCAGGGUCUGCCCCCCUCUGAAGACCUGGAGCAGGAGUGGCAACACAUCCUCAGGGAUGAGCAGCGCAGACAGGCCGACCAGCAGGAGAAAGACAGGCUGGUGGAGGAGGAGGAGAGGUCCCAGCUCCCUAGUGGGGUGUACACCACGGCCGAGGCCCGACCCAACGCCUACAUCCCCCUGGGGGACACCCUGCCCCUGCCCAAGCCCUACGGAGCCCUGGCCCCCUUCAAACCCUCCGAGCCCGGCACCAACAUCAGACACAUUCGCAAGCCUGAACCAAAACCCAUUGAGAUAUAGACCUGGACCAAACCCAUUGAGAUAUACUGUAGACCUGGACCAAACCCAUUGAGAUAUAGACCUGGACCAAACCCAUUGAGAUAUACUGUAGACCUGGACCAAA